AUGUCCCGAGUUCUUUCUGGCGCGGUCAAGGAUGCCGCAGGGUACCAAUAUCAGUGCGUUCAACCUCAUGAGGCGGUGAUGGCCCUUCGUCAGAAACUCAACUUUGCCGCCUUCCUCAGUUUGGAAAAUGACCUGGAGGUACCGCAGACUUCAAACUACCUGAGUAGGACGUACCUUGUUCAGUAUGUUCAUAUGAUCACCAAACCCAAGGUCUCUGCGGCAACAGUCGAUCUAGGAAUGAAUGCCAUCUGGAGACAGAGGGAUGGUGAUGGAGAGAUGAGGUAUUUCUCACAGCCAACCCUACUACCUACCGAGCCCUUGCUCAAAAAUAGAGACGUCGAGGUCAUCGAAGAUUGCUCUGAUACGCCAAGCUUCAAGCGCUUCGGCUGUACAAAAGAACCCGACUUACCGAAGAAGUGGUGCCAAGCGAUGAAAGACGUAAUGAGAAUAGAUGGUUGCAUCGAAUAG